UUCUCAAUUGAUCCGAACACUUGGAAAAGGAACAGGGCUUUUGGGGUUUCUUCUCUCUUCCUCUCCACCUUAACCAGAUACUGCAAGACAUCUCAAAGCUCAUUUUCAAACACUUCUUUCCGAAUUUUCGUUUAAAAGAGGAAAAAGAGAGAGCCCUUGAGCGAGCGACCAUUCCUCCUCCACCGUCGUCGUCGUUGUCAUUAGUUGUUCUUUUCUUUUUGGGGAGUGAAAGGCCAUGAACCGAGGGGUGUUGCAGAGCUCACCGGUGGCGCAGAUGCUGGCCGCAGGAAACCCUAACUUGUGGAACAUCAACACCAUGCGCCCGCCGCCGCCACAUCUACAACAACUACCUUAUCCCACUACUUUCUUCCCUCAAUUCACGCCCACUUCUUCCUCCUCCAAUUCUUCUUUACUUCAUAUCUCUUCUUGGCAUGAUAACCAGGAGCUUCCUCAGUCAUGGAGCCAGCCACUCUUGGGUGGAUUAAUGGGUGAAGAACAAGCAAUACACCAUGUGAAGCAAGAAAACCCAGCAAGUGCAGGCAGCUGUGCGUACGGACAUGCAAAUGAAGAUUUUCAACAUCAUCAUCAACACCAGCAGCAGGAAAAUGAACCAGCUGCUUGGUCUCAUCAAAUAAUGGCUGCUGCUUCAUCAUCAUCAUCCCCCAAGUCAUGUGUAACGAGUUUCAGCAGUAAUAAUAUGUUGGAAUUUUCCGGCAGUCAAGCUGAUGCAAAGCAAACACUCCCAGAUCGAUCUUCAGAGGGCAAUAGCAGUGCAACUGGUGGGGCGAUGAAGAAAGCUAGGGUUCAACCUUCUGCAACUCAAUCUACCUUCAAGGCGAGGAAGGAUAAAUUAGGGGACAGAAUCACAGCGCUUCACCAGCUCGUUUCUCCAUUUGGGAAGACUGACACAGCCUCUGUCUUGUUAGAAACUACUGGGUAUAUCAGAUUCCUUCAUAGUCAAAUUGAGGCUCUCAGCUUGCCGUACAUGGGCAAUGGACAAGGAAGCAUAACGCAACAACAGCCUAUUAAAGGGAUGAGAAGUUGUAUAUUUCCUGAAGAUGGCGCUGGUCAGCUGUUGACUGAAAACUCCAUGAAGAGGAAAGGUGGUCCUAAUCAGCAGGAAAGUCAUGAAGAACCAAAGGACUUGAUGAGUAGAGGGCUAUGUUUGGUCCCCUUGCCAUGCACGCUUCAUGUCGACAACGAUAAUGGCGCCGAUUUUUGGGCUCCGGCAUUUGGCGGCUGGUUCCGGUUAGAAGGCUUGGGAGCUAUCGAGAAAGGCUAAACAAAUUCAAAGAAAUGCAGGGAGCAGAGAUGAAGCUUUUCAUUGGAGAAACUAUUUGUAGAUGAUUUAAACUCGAAAUUCUCUACGUGUUUAUUUAUAUGAGAAUGAGAUGCAACGUAAAUUCAUAGUUUUUUA